AUGAAUACCCUUAAGUUAGCGAGUGGCACCCAGAUGCCAUUGAUUGGAUUUGGGCUCUGGAAGGUCCCGAAAGAAAGUUGCGCGGAUGUCGUAUAUAAUGCCAUCAAAGCCGGAUAUCGCCUGUUUGAUGGUGCGAGUGACUACGGCAAUGAACAGGAGGCAGGACAUGGAGUGACACGAGCGAUCCAGGAUGGUUUAGUCAGAAGAGAGGAGCUGUUCAUCGUGUCCAAACUGUGGAAUACCUUUCACGAAGCGAGCCAAGUGGAGCAGGUAGCGCGCAAGCAACUAGCAGAUUGGAACGUGGACUACUUUGAUCUGUACUACAUGCACUUUCCCAUUGCAUUGGAGUAUGUGGAUCCUGUAGUUCGCUAUCCUCCUGGGUGGUUCUUCGAUGGAACCAGCAACCUACGGCCUAGCACUGCAAGUAUCCAGGAAACGUGGCAGGCAAUGGAAAAACUGGUUGAGCACGGCCUGGCGAAGGAGCUAGGAAUUGCGAACUUUUCCGGAUCUUUGGUUAUGGAUCUUUUGCGAUAUGCACAAAUUCGGCCUGCUGUUUUGCAGAUUGAGCACCAUCCAUAUCUCACGCAGACGCAGUUGAUCCAAUUUGCACAGGCCGAGCAGAUCACGGUCACUGCGUUCUCAUCAUUUGGGCCCCAAUCUUAUUUGCCAUUGAACAACUUCAAGACCAAAUCAGUUACUUCUCUUUUGGAACAUCCGACCAUCUUGACAGUUGCAGAGAAACAUGCCCAGGCGCCAUCGCAGGUACUGCUCCGAUGGGCAACACAGCGGGGAGUUGCCACCAUUCCCAAGAGCACGAACCCCGACCGGAUGACGCUCAAUUUACAAUCAAAUUUUUUCGACCUGGACAAGGAGGAUAUCCGGACGAUCAGUGCGCUGAAUAUAGGUUUGAGAUUCAAUGACCCUAUGGAUUUUGUUUCUACCUUUCCAAUCUUUGCAUAA